GGGACACACACACCAACAACGGAGCCCGGCAGCAUGGAGACCCCGACGACGCGACCUCGCUGGCGGCUGCAACCGGAGGGGGGCCGCCGGCGUCCCCCGGCCCCUCGCCCCCCCUCCGCCGUGCCCGGAGGAGGACACGGAGGGGUCCCCGAUGUCGUUGGAGCGGGUGACCGAGAGACGUCGCUGGCCCCGGGGGGAGUGGGCGCGACGGUUGGUACCGGCGCUGCACGGCGGCGGUGCCGGCACGGAGAUGCGCCGCUUGCGUUUUCGGCAAUUCCGGUACCAGGAGGCAUCGGGCCCGCGGGACGUUUGCCGGCGGUUGCGGGAGCUGUCGCAGGGUUGGUUACGGCCGGAGGUGCGGAGUAAGGAGCAGAUCAUGGAGUUGCUGGUGCUGGAGCAAUUCCUCAGCAUCCUUCCCGAGGAAAUCCAGAGCUGGGUCUGGGUGCGACAUCCCGAAUCCUGCGCCCAAGCCGUCGCCUUGGCCGAGAGCUUCCAGUUGGGACAGGGAGAUCCCGAUGGGAUUUGGGAGCAGCAGGUGACGGUGCGCGUGAAGGUGGAGGAGGUGGCCCCGGGGGACGCAGAGGACCCUGAAGUGUUGGGGGACCCACCGAGCCCCCCGUCGGUGUCACCCCAGUUCCCCUCUGGGGACGACUGGCGGAGGAGGUGGCCCGGGGCAAGGUCAAGUUUGUCCCCGAGGAAGAGGAGCGGCGCCUGCAGGAAGCAGUCGUCCUGCAGCCGUCCUUGCCCCUCGGACCGGCUGGGCUCCUCUGCUGAGGUGGCUUCAACUUCAUCCCUCUCCUGGCAUGGCCUGAUGGCCAUCCGUGGAUGGAUUUGGGGUCCCACCGUGGCGAGCAGAGACCCGGAGGCGUCCAUUUUGCAACGGCAAGACCCCCCGCACCCAGCCAGCACCCUUCAGGGUGUCCCGACAGCCAGGACCGCUGCCCAGAGGGGGACCCACCGGCGACAGAUCCCACGGGAUCCCACCACCUUCCCACAGCCCCUCACCCAAGGUCCGCCCAGACCGGCAGAGGACACCAGGAGCCCGGAGAAGCCCUGGGCGAAGCGGGAGCCAUCGGUGCAGGGGAAGGACCGUCCAUACCCCUGCGGCGAGUGCGGCAAGAGCUUCGGCCGGUUGACCCACCUGAAGACCCACCAGCGAACCCACACGGGAGUGAAGCCCUACGCCUGCGGGGCUUGCGGCAAGAGCUUCGGCCACCUCUCCACCCUCACCACCCACCAACGGCUUCACACGGGCGAGCGUCCCUACGCCUGCGGCUCCUGCGGCAAGACCUUCACCAACCCGUCGGACCUCAACAAGCACCAACGGUCGCACACGGGCGAGCGACCCUACCCUUGCGCCGCCUGCGGCAAGCGCUUCAGCCAGCAGUCCAACCUCACCAUGCACCAACGGAGCCACACCGAGGAGCGACCGUACCCCUGCGGCGCCUGCGGCAAGAGCUUCAAGUACUUAGCGGACCUGACGGUGCACGAGCGCUCGCACACGGGCGAGAGACCCUUCCCCUGUCCCCACUGCGGAAAGAGCUUCAGCAACAAGUCCUCCCUCGCCCGGCACACGCGCAUCCACGCCCGGGUGGCCGCCAGGGACAAGUGAUGGGGUUUGGCGGUGGGGAGGAUGAGGAAGGUGACGCCGCUUCAUCCCGGUGGAGGAGGUGGUGAUGGGGUGACCACCGUGGGGGACGGUUGAGGUUGGGUGGGUGGGGUGGACCUGGCGGAUGCCCCGGAUGGCCGGUGCUGGUUUCCUUGCCGGCCGGUGCCAUACGGCUGCUGCGGAUGGACUGGUUUGCCCGGAGGAGAUGCAACAUGGAUGGGGGGGGGAUGAUGAGCUGAUGCUUGAUGUCCCCCACAAGCCCAGCGACUCCAAGACUUGGCUCCCUGAUCCCAGAGAUGCGACACAGAUAGGGGUGAAGUUGAGCGGAUGACCGAUGUCCCCCACGAGCCUGGUGGCUCCAGGACACUGCGUCCCAGAGAUGUAACACAGCUGGGGGUGAAGACAAGUUGAUGAUGGAUGACCCCCCCCAUGAGCCUGGUGGCUCCAUGAUACGGCUCCCUGGGCCCAGAGGAGAUGCAAUGAGGACGGUGGGAUGAGGAGCUGGUGACUGAUGUCCUCCACAAGCCUGGUGGCUCCAGGAUGUAUCUCCCUGGUCCUGGAGGAGAUGCAACAUAGUCAAGGGUGAAGAUGACCUGAUGAUUGAUGUCCUCCAUGAACCUGGUGGCUCCAGGACAUGUCUCCCUGGUCCUGGAGAAGAUGCGACGUGGCUGGGGAUGAAGACCAGCUGAUGACUGAUGUCCCGUGUGAGCCUGGUGACUCCAGGACAGCGUCCCAAAGGAGAUGUAACACAGACGGGCGAUGAAGACGAACUGAUGAUUGACGUCCCCCAUGAGCUUGGUGCCUCCCUGGUCCCCUCACCCAUCUCCUCAGGGCACUUCCAUCUCCCCUCCACCCUAACCCCACCACCGGGGACGCCCCGUUCUUCCCUUUCAAUUGCAACUCACCUUUCCCCC